AUGUUUAAAGCCUUGCGGGAUGGGUUGAUGUUUGCCUGGAAUCGUGGCUACCGAUUGGUCUUAUGUGAAAUAGAUUGUCAAAUGCUUAAGGAGGUGUUGCAUGAUGAGGACCGUGUGAGGCUGCAUUCACAUGCUACUACUUUGCUCGAAAUCAAAGGAUUGUUGGCCAGGGAUUGGACUAUCAAGCUAGCUUGGAUCAAUCGUGAGACCAAUUUUUCAGCUGACUAUCUAGCAAGACAAGGAAGCUCUGCUCCUGAGCCAGACUUUCGGGUAGUGGAAAAUCCAUCCCCAGAACUGGAUCUGCUCUUGAUGAGGGACAAGCUAGUUGUGCCUUAG